UCCAAACACGCACCCACCUAUCAUGGCUAUGCCCUACCCUUUCACCAGCCUCCUCCUCCUCCUUGUUGUGCCCCUUUCCCAGGCUGCAAACCAGUCCCCACUGCCCCCUGGCUCCCUGCCUGCUGUCCCCACCCUGCCCCUCCUGCAGGCCCUGCAAACGCGGGCUCCAGGCAGCCCAGGCUGGAAAAUGCCCACAGCCAGUGGGCAGCCCCUGCGCUACAUGCUGAAUCUGUACCGGAGUGCUGCUGACCGCGAAGGCCGACCCCGCCGCAGCUGCAGCCUGGGCACCAACACCAUCCGCCUGGUCCAGGCCAGUUCCCACAGGGGUCAGCCCUGGGCAGGUCGGUGGUACUUUCAGGCCCUCACCUACCACGUGGAGGGCCAGCCAGAGGCUGAGCACCUCCUCAGAGCCACUGUGGUCUACCUGCCAAGUCUGUUACUGGCCCGUGGUCGCCUCUUCUGUGCUCUGGAGCUGGUAGUGGCCAGCGAGGCACCCAGGAUGCUGCUCAGCUCUAGUGCCCAUACCCGCCAUGGCUGGGCUGAAGUUGAUGUCACCCCUUACCUGGUGCUGGGGAACAGCAGCAUGGAGACUCUGGCAUUGCGACAUGUCUGCGUGCAUGCUGGCCGAGCAGGAGGCCACGAUGUCCUAGUGGCCCCUGGCCACCCUUUCCUUCUUCUCUACCUAAAUGAUACCCAGGCAGGAUUGGCACCUCCAGCAGCAGAGCCUCACCGACACCGACGUGAUACAGGGACAUUGGCUCAUGACCUGCCCAACUACCUGCGGGAGCAGGGAGGGGAGAAGAGUGACUGUUCCCUUCGUCCCUUCCCUGUCAGUUUUGCACAGCUGGGCUGGGACCACUGGAUCAUUGCUCCCCACCGCUACAACCCACGCUACUGCAAGGGCACCUGUCCCCACCUGCUCCGCUAUGACUACCACGCACCCAACCAUGCUGUGGUGCAGAGCUUUGUUCAUCAGCUUGUGGAUGCCAAUGUGCCCCGGCCCUCCUGUGUGCCCUACCGCUACAGCCCCAUCAGUGUCCUCAUGAUUGAGCGCAAUGGAGGCAUACUGUACAAGGAGUACGAGAAUAUGAUUGCAGAGUCCUGCACUUGCCGGUAAUUUCCACUCGCCCAGCACAUCACCCCUGGUCUCUGCCUCUUCCUGCAGAUCUGGACUUUAGGGUUUAUCUUGCUCUGCCUGGGGCUCACUUGGCUCAUCUCCCCUCCCCAUGCUGUGCUGCUCA